CAGCGGCUCGGCCGGGUGUGCCUUGGCAAUAGCUGCGCACCGGUGGCCUUGGCGCCUGCUCCUGCCAUGCGCUGCACCGAAGAUAUGAAACGGCUGCCGCCGCCCAGCGUAGCGCACUGGAGGCUGCCCCACCCAGCGUAGCGCAGUGUGCGGUGAGGCUGCCCCAACCCGGCCAGCAAGGAUGCCGCUCGGCUUCGGCUUCGGCAUCGGGACGCGGAACUACAAUGACAUCUCGGACGACGACGAGUCGGACGACGGCGGCUACGCGAUCGCGCCGCUGGCCGGCGCGGCCCACUACAGGGAAACGGCGUCGCGCGGCGCCGUCACGGUGACGCGCGGCGGCGCGGCGCCCGUGAUACGGCACCAGCCCCCGUCGCUCGCCGCGGCGGCGUCGCCCGAGCCGCCGUCCGCCGUGCGCGUGACGCGGGGCGGCGCCGCGCCCGUCGUGCGGCACGAGCCCGCACCGCCCGCGGAGCGGGAGCCGCCGGCGCGGCCCGCGCGGCCGCCGCCGAGCCGGCCGGACCGGCCGCCGCCCCGGCCGAAGCGGAGGACGUCGGACGCCGCCAGGAGAGAGGCGAUCAAGGCGGCCAAGGACGCGGCGCGGCUCGACGAGUUCGAGUCGUCGGCGUCGGCGCGGCGGGGCGUUCCCCCGGCGCCGGCUCCUGCGGCGCCCAAGCCGGAGCGCCCGGCGUCGCGCGCGCGCGACUUCCGCACCAUCCGGGCGCAGCAGAAGCGCAUCCAGCAGGAGCGGGCCGAGGCGGCGCGCAAGUUCGCCGCGAGCCAGAGCGACCGCGCGGCGGCGGAGCGCGCGAAGGUCGAGCAAACGCAGCGGGAGAUCAACGAGAUCCGGGCGCGCACGCAGCGGCCGUCGCGCGACGAGUGGGCCGCGGUCGGGGACGCGGACCCGGGCGGCUUCGACGCGGAGGGGGCGCCCGCGGCGCGGUCGCCGCUGCGGCCCAAGGACGCCGCGGCCGUCGCGGCGACGCGCGCGCGGGCGGACGCCGCCGGGGCGCAGCUCGACGAGGAGGCGCGGCGGCUGGCGGAGCUCGAGGCGCAGGCCGCGCGGCGGGCGGAGCGGGUGCGCGCCGCGGAGCGCAAGGCCCUGGACGACGAACGACGCAUCGCCGAGGCGGCCAAGGCCGGCGUCGCGCGCGGCAUGGCGCGCGCGCGGCAGCUCGAGGCGAGCCUCGGGCGGCGGGCCGAGGCGGCGCUGGCCGAGGCCGAGGCGAAGCAGGCCGCGCUGCUGCGCGAGGUCGAGUCGAAGGACGCGCAGCAGCGGGCCGCCAUCGAGGCCCGGGCGGCGCGGCUCCAGGACGAGGUCGACGCCAAGCGGCGGGAGCUCGAGGCGCACCGCGCCGCGGAGAUCGGGCGGGCGGAGCGCGAGUCCCAGCUGGAGGUGGAGCGGCGGCGGCGGGAGCUCGAGGAGGAGCGCCGCCGCGCCGCGGCCGAGGCCGAGGCGGCCGCCCUCGAGCACCAGCGCGAGCUCGAGGACCAGCGGGCCCAGCGGGCGGCCGAGCUGCUCCAGGCGAAGCGGCGGGCCGACGCCGAGGCGAGCCGGCGGCAGCAGGAGCUGGAGGAGGAGCGCGCGACACGCGACGCGGAGCUCCGGCGGGCCGCGGCCGAGGCCGAGGAGACGGCGGCCCGGCGGCGCCGCGAGCUGGACGAGCGCCGCCGAGCGGACGAGGCCGCGGCCCUCCGCGCGCAGGCGGAGCUCGACGCGAAACGCGAGACGCUCGAGAAGCGGCGCCGCGAGGAGCUCGCGGCGGCCGAGCGCGAGGCCGCGGCCGAGGCGGCGCGCCGGCGCCAGGAGAUCGAGCGGCGACGGGAGCGCGAGGAGGCCGAGGCCCGGGCCCAGGCCCAAGCGCUCGACGACGAGCGCCAGCGGAGGGAGGCGCAGCGCGCGCGCGACCUGGCGGCCGCCGAGGCGGCCGCCGCGGCCGAGGCCACGCGACGGCGGGCCGAACUCGAGGCGCGGCGCCAGGCCGAGGCGCGCGCCGCGAAGGAGGCCUCCGACCAGUUGGAAGCGCGGAAGCAGGCGCUCGCGGCGGCGAACGCCAAGGACCUGGCGGACGCGGAGGCCGCCGCCGCGGCCGAGGCCGAGGCGCGGGCCCGCGACCUCGCGGCGGCCGAGGCGGCCGCCGAGGCCGAGGCGACGACGAGGCGCGAGGAGCUCGAGGCGCGCCGGCGCGCCGAGGAGGCCCAGGCGAAGCGCGAGGCCGACGACCUCGACGCGCAGAAGGCCGCCCUGGCCGAGCGGACGCGGCGCGAGCUCGCCGCGGCCGAGGCCGCGGCCGCCGCCGAGGCGACGCAGCGGACGGAGGCGCUCGAGCGGCGGCGCCGCGACGAGGCGGCCGCGGCGCGGCGCGACGCCGACCGGCUGGAGGCGCAGAAGGUCGCGCUGGCGGCGCGGAACGCGCUGGAGCUCGCCGCGGCCGCGGACGCCGCGACCGCGGAGGCCGCCGCGGCCGCGGCGGCGCUGCAGCUGCAGAAGCGCGAGGACGAGCUGCGCGCGAAGCGCGAGCGCGCCGAGCUCGCGCGGCGCCUCGCCCGGCAGAAGAAGGAGGCCGACGCGCGGGCCGCGAAGAAGCUCGAGGAGAUCGAGCGGGUGAAGCUGCGCGUGGCGGCGCAGGCGGCGCGCGCCGCGGAGCGCACGGCGGCCCAGGAGGCCUUCGAGCGGGCGCGGGCGGUCCUGGACCGGGACCGCGAGGCCGCCGCGGCCGCCGCGGCCGCGGCGCUCGAGGUGAGCACGCGGAGCCUCGAGGCGCGCCAGGCCGAGCUCGCGGAGGAGCGGCGGCGGCGCCACGUCGCCGUCGCCGAGCUCGAGCGGCGGAACGCCCUCAAGCGCAUCGACGCCAACAUGCAGCCGGUCGAAGCCCUGGCGGCGUACGACGCGGAGUUCGUAGACGAGGACUCGUCCGACGACGACGACGAGGACGGCCUCGCGGGCCACCGGGCCGCGGCCAAGGGCAAGGUUGCCUUCUUCCGGACGUGCGACGACCGCUGCCUGAGCCGCGCGGACGAGAGCGGGCGGACGGCCCUCUUCUACGCGUGCGCGCACGACCGGCCGGACUGCGUCCUCCAGCUGCUGAAGCGGGGCGCGCCCGUCCAGGCCGACGCGAACGGGGACACGCCGCUGCACGCCGCCGUGAGCGCCGGCGCGGCGCGGUGCGCGCGCCACGUCCUGGCCGCGGUGCGCGGCGGCUUCAUCGCGCGGGCGCCGAACGCGCGGGGCAUGGUGCCCGGCCACGUCGCCGCGACGGUGGAGUGCCUCGAGGCGCUCCUGGAGCACGGCGCCGACCUGAGCGUCGCGGACGCGGCGGGGCGGACGCCGCUCUUCGUCGCCUGCGCGACGAACCGGCCGGCGUGCGCGUCGCUCAUCAUGGAGGUGCUGGAGAUGCACGAGAUCGGCCACGACCUCGCGGACGGCUCGUGCCGCGCGACGGCCGACCGGCGGGGCGACACGCCGCUGCACGCCGCGGCGUGCAACGGCGCGCUCGAGUGCGUGCGCCUCCUGCUCGAGGCCGGCACGCCCGCGGACACGCGGAACGCCCGGGGCUGGACGGCCGAGGAGCUCGCGCGGUGGGGCCGCCACGGCGAGGCGGCGAAGCUCCUGGCGGAGUUCCGGCUCCACGGCACGGUCGCGUUCGACAGCGUGCUGUUCCUGGCGACGGUCGCGGGGCACCGGCUCUGCAAGCGCCUGGUGGCGGACGCGCUCGCCGAGCGGCGGGGCCCGGGCUACGACGUGCUCAUGCGGCCCGGCGUCGACGGCGGGCUGAGCCGGUCCGCGUCGCGGUGGUCCCUGCGCCAGAGCGACGGCCUCCGCGUCUCCGUGUACGGGGACUGGAUCGCCUACAACGACGCGGAGCUGCGGGCCGUGUUCUGGUACAACCACGCGUCCCGGGAGGGGCAGUGGGACCGGCCGGACGCCGUCGUCGCGGCGAUGGACGGCGAGGGCGACCCGGCCGCGGCCUGGGCCAGGCUGCGGGAGGGCACCGUGCGGCUGCGGCACGUCGUGAACGAUUGGAUCUCCUACGAAAUCGCGGGCGAGGAGCCCUUCUACUACGACGUCGCGAGCGGCGACUUCCGGUUCGAGGCGCCGUCGGACGCGACCGCGGCCGCGAACGACUGGUGCCGGUACGUCGACGACGCGUCGGGCAUGCCCUACUGGUACAGCGAAGCGAGGGGCGAGUCGACGUGGGACCCGCCCGAGGGCUGGGCGGAGCCUGCGGCCGGUGCCGACGCGGCCGAGCCUGCCCCGGAGCCCGCGGCCGGUGCCGACGCGGCCGAGCCUGCCCCGGAGCCCGCGGCCGGUGCCGGCGCGACCGAGGAACCCGAGCCGAAGCCUGCGUCAAGGAAACCGACGCGGAAAGCCCCGUCUCCCGAGCCCGAGGAGCCGCGCGUCGUGGAGUCCGUCGAGGACCUGGGCGUCUGACCACGGCGCGUCCGCUUCAAGGGCCCCGGCGAAUCAGGUAUAUAUAGUCUAAGAAACUUGUAGUAAAGAGAGGGUCUCCGCCGCGCGCCGCCGUGGUGCCACGGGUCGCGACGGGAGGCCGGGGCGCCGGCCACGCCAUGUUUUUUCGGUUUUUGUAGUUGGUCUCGACGGCGACGUGGGUCCGGGUCGCCGUCGG